CCCGCCCGUGGCAUGGCAGCGGCGCCGCCGAGCCGCCGCUGACCGCCGGUGCGGUGCCCCCGGUGCCGGCAUGCCGCCGCAGGAGCUGCUGGACUACUCGCCGGCGCUGCGGAGACCCAGCCCCCCGCGGGGCAGCGGCCCGGAGCUGGGCAUCAAGUGCGUGCUGGUGGGCGAUGGCGCGGUGGGCAAGAGCAGCCUGGUGGUCAGCUACACCACCAACGGGUACCCCGACGAGUACCAGCCUACCGCCCUGGACACCUUCUCAGUGCAGGUCCUGGUGGAUGGAGCCCCCGUGCGGAUCCAGCUGUGGGAUACUGCUGGGCAGGAGGACUUUGACUGUUUGCGCUCACUCUGUUACCCAGACACUGAUGUCUUCCUUGUCUGCUUCAGUGUGGUAAACCCAAGCUCUUUCCAAAACAUUACUGAGAAAUGGAUCCCUGAGAUACGAACUCACAACCCCCAUGCCCCAGUGCUGCUGGUGGGGACACAGGCAGACUUGCGGGAUGAUGUCAAUGUCCUUAUCAGCCUGGAUCGCUACCAUGUGAAGCCUGUGCCCAGGCCUCAGGCAGAGGGCCUAGCUGACAAAAUCCGGGCUGAAGCCUACCUGGAGUGCUCAGCACUGACCCAGAAGAACCUCAAAGAAGUUUUUGACAUGGCCAUUGUCAGUGGUGUUGAGCACAAAGCACGACAGGAAAAGAAAAUGACAGCCAAAGGUAUCAAAACCCUCUCCAAGUGCCGCUGGAAGAAAUUCUUCUGCUUUGUCUGAAGCUGCUUUGGUGGUGGUGGGGAAAAAAAGAAACACCUGAUGCUACACCUUCUUGGAGUGACUGCUCCAAUGGCCCCAGCAAGGAGGUUAUGAUAAGCUGCUGGGCUUGGAAACCUGGCUUUUGCUGGGUUAAAGUAUCAGAUGCCUAGGAGACAUGAACUGGAUUUCCAUUGUGACAGGAUGUGGAUGGUCCAGGCAGCUAUAAGUACCUGCUGGACAUGUCUGUAGUGUCCCAGACUAAUGGGAGCCUUUGAUACACAAAGAUUUAGUACCACAGAACAGGCAGGUACCUUAUGUCAUUCAAAAUGACCAGCUUUCUGUCUGAAACACACACACUUUUGAAGUUCUGACCCGGCAUAAUCCAAUUCUGGUAUAAAGCUGGGGAGGGACUCUUGAAGUCUGCCUAUGCUUUGACAGAUUUACAGACUUGGCCAAGAAUAGGGCAGGGGCGGUUGUGGGGGACUGCAGUAUAGUCUAACAUGGGCUGCUGAGUUUGUAAAGCAGGACUUGGGUUUCCCCUCUGAUUCUGCUUGCCAGAAUAAGUAGAAGUAACUUGGCCAUGAAAAAGCAGCGCUCUUUCUUAAGGGCCCUGUUACUGCGAGUACCCUCAGGAAGGUUUUUCCUAAAUAAAGGCCAUUAACAGACUGAAGAGAAAAUGCACUGGGAGCUGCAUUCAUUCCUUAAGCAAAACAUUCUCUGAAGAGGACUCUGCACUCCAGUGAGUGACAAUGCUCUAGCCUCACCUUAAGAAGCAGUCACUAGCUUGGGGGACCUAUUUUGAAAGCACUGUGUGUAGUGAUUUGGGACAGAGAGAGGAUGAGGAGCAGUGAUGAGUGGCUCUGUCUACCUAGCAGAGACUGGACUGUGUCAGUGAAGGGUUCGUAAUACUAUCGAGAGGUGAAAUGUAGACAGAGAGCCAAUGCAUGUAAUGAAAGGAAAAGAGAGAUGUAGCAUGGAAGAAAGAAGGUGGAAAAGGAACAGAUAGGGAAAAGAAAGAAGCAAAGGGAAGUAAGGAAGGAAGAUGGAGAAGGAACGAAGAAGAGCAAACACUGUUAAAUGAAAGUUGUGAUUCUACUUAGUUGUAGAAAUUAUGAUGAUAAUAUUCAGGAGAUUCUCUAAGGAACUGGAAAACUACUAAUGAUCUCAUUUUCUAAAAGUUAUACUGUCUAUGCAACAAGUUCUGAAUCAAAAGGAAGGACUUGGAGGGAGAGAGAUAGUUCCUCUUGGACAAUAAAAUCCUCAGUUUAAGAUCUAUGCAGGAGAACAGAAUUUACCUGAUAUUGUUCUUCCUGAGGCUGCAGAACAGAAAUGGAGGGAUCAGGGCUUCUUUGUGUUGUGCUUCCCUUUCUUAAAAAUCACAGCUUGAUCUGCUGAAACCAAAAGCAAAGGAAACCCAUGUGGUUCCUUCCACAGAAAGACAUUCUGUGUAUUUGCUCCAUUGCUCUCUUCUCUGUUUCUCAGAGGAUUCAUUUCCCAGUGAUUUUACUCACGUCUUAUUACAGAACUUGCAUCUAUUUCUAAAACUCUCCUGGAGACAUUUCAUUCUGGCUUAUGUAGCAGAGAGCAUGUCAAGCAAUGCUUUCAAAACUCAGGGGCUUCUCUGCAUCUGGCCAUGACCCAUCUCUUUGGGAACAUGCUGGAAUAAUGUGACACAAGGGGAUACAGUUGUGAACUGUUUGCCCUGUACCAGAAGCACACAUACCUGGGCCAGAGCAUCCGUACAAAAACAGCAGAUAUGAAUAAUGCAGCACAGCUCUGGAUCCAAACACACACCUGCCAACAUCUCUCACAACCAAUUCUUUUGGUAACGCAGCUCAUACAGUCCCCAGGCCGUGACACAGCUUGCCGUCUCCCUGGGCAGCAUCCCACUCGAAAGAGGCAGGCAGGCCUUUUGCAAAAGGAUGCAACCCACCACCUCAGAGCUGCUAUGGGGUGAGUCUUGGAGUCUUGAACAGGCUGGUGUGUCAAAAUGACCUGCAAGCUAAAAGGACUCCCCCGAGUGAAAUGCUAUUGGGGUCCAGUCAGGAGUCCUAGAAGACAAGAGUACAAAGGCAGCAGCUAGAAGUGAUGUGUCCUGCACAUCUCUAGGCAGGAUACUAUUUCUUGAACAAAGCUCUUAGUCAUCAAUAUAUCCCUGCAGAUAUUUCCUACCUGUACAGGCACCCUUGCUGUAUCACUAAUUCCGUUUGUCUGUUGGGUCUUUAUGCAUUUCUUUAGUUUGUGAGAACAGGCUCUGAUGUGGCCCAAUAAGGAGAAUCACAUGGAGCGAAUCACAGGUACAGACAGCACCAGCCUCCCCUGGUUCCCUGCUGAGGGGCGUGUGCUGGGAAUAGCAAGCGUUGUCCUGCAGUAGCUUGGUAUAAAACAGGGGUUAUUUUAUCCUGGAAAAGAAACUGUACUGAGAGCUGCUUUCUUCCUCUGUGACUGUGUCUAAAAUUUGUUUAAAUAAAUUUUUUAAAUGGC